UGGUGGCUACAAAUGGUACAUAUGUAUCAACUAUGGAAGGAAGUGUUGAUUGGUCCCAGAUUGAGAUAGCACCAAUGAAUGAUGAAGAAAUUGAUGUUCCCAUAACAGAAGAGAACAUGUGCUCGGUGCUUGGUACCAAUGAUGAACCCGAGCAUCGGAAAACUGUAUCUGAAGCAGUAAUGAAAGCCCGCAUUGCAGAUGUUGAUGCAUGUGUGGCUGAUAUUGAUGAGGAUUUACCUGCCGAUGCGACUCUUCCUGUGCGUGACCAUAUACCCGAAGAGGAUCACUUUUGGUAUGAUAAGGAACAUCCUCUGAUAGAGGAAGGAUCUUUGUUUCGUUCAAUGAAUGAGUUCAAGAUGCUCAUGAGAACAUUUGCUAUUAGAGGCAAGUUUGACAUCAAGAUAAAGGAUAGUGACACUACUAGAUUUUUGGGUCAUUGUAAAGGAAAUGCAUGUCCUUGGAGAAUAACUGCUAGGACAAUAGAAGAUGGAAAAACAGUCAGGGUUAAUAAGAUAGUAAAGCCUCAUAAGUGUUCAUCAACCGCUACAGUGAUUACAAGCAUGGCAGACCAAGCAUGGGCGGCAGAAAAGGCAAUGGGGUAUCUUCAAACUGAACCAAACAUUGGUUCCAGUGAGCUCCAAAAAAAUCUACAAGCCGAGUUCAAAUGUACUAUUGGGUAUCAUACUGCUAACAAGGGAAAAGAAAGGGCCAAGAGUAGUUUAUAUGGGACCUGGGGAAAAAGCUUUCAGUCUUUAUUGAACUUCAAAGCUGAGAUUGAUAAAAGAUCUCCCGGUAGCAUUGUCGAGGUUGAUGUCAAGAGGGAAAGAGGUGAAGUGCAUUUCCGUAGAUUUUUUAUGGCACUUAAGCCAUGCAUUGAUGGCUUCUUGGCUGGUUAUAGACCAUAUGUUAAUAUAGACUCCACAUUUUAACUGGAAAAUGGAAUGGUCAAUUAGCAGCAUGUACAACGUUAGAUGGACAAAAUUGGA